AUGGAGAAGAAGGAGGAAGAAUCAAAAGUAGAGGCAGAAGAUUUCCAGAGGAUAACCGCAUUACGUCCAUAUUCACUGAUGUCCACUUUAGAACAAGUCCUCAAUCUGAUUUUGGAAAAGGGUGCCACCAAAGACCUUCUAGAUCAAUUGACUGUUUUGUUUCGAGACGAGCAGGCACGCUCUUCAGAAAUUGUGUUUACCAACCUUGAAAGCCUUGUCCAUCAAUUCAAUCAUGUUUUCGAUGAAAUUCGUUCUUCUGUCAAGAAUGGAUCACGAGAUCCCAACAAUGAGAUAAUUUCACUGGUUUUAAAAACUACAAUAAAUCUCCUUGCAGACAAUGAUACUAAUCGGGCUUAUUUCACAAGUGACAAAAAGGGUGUUGAUUUAUUUUGGGGUAAUCUUUAUGAGUAUGCGUCGAUAGCUGAUGACAACAAUUUGGUAUUGAUACUUUUGAAACAAUUUAUAUAUAAUACAUCAAAUACUGGUUUGUAUAUGGAGUACUUGAGGCAAAAAGGAAUGCAUAGAGUAGCAUACAAUGAGUUUAGGAAAUCGAAUAGCGCACUUGAUUUACCCUAUGAAUUUAUCGUGGCAGGUAAAAGCAAUUUGGAUGAAUCAGACAAAGAUAUUCUCAAAUAUAUCACAAGCAAUUUUAAGUCUCUUUACACCCGUGAAGCACUAAAAGAAGACGAGGAAGAAGAAGAAGAAGAAGACGAGGAAGAAGAGGAAGAAGAGGAAGAGAAUCGUAUUAAAUUGUUGGAACUUGUCGAAUAUGCCCCUCGAAACUUAUCCACUUACAAAGAUAUAUUGGCAAUAUUGGAAAUUGAAAAUAAGUCAAAGCUAGCAAGAUUGUUAAUGGUUGCUCUUAGCGAUGUAUUUACAGAUACUAUUGACGAUAUGCAUUUCGAUUUCAUUGAGUCUAACAACCCAUAUGUUUUUGCGGCUGCUUGUAUUUGCAUCGGAAAUUGUAUAAGCGAUGUACAAAGUCUGUCGCACGCUAUUGAAACAAUUGAGAAUAAAUUAGGGAUGGACAUUCUCAUGGAUAAAUUCUUUACUGGAUUUAAAAUCACCGAUGUAAUACAAAUUCAAGCGGUUCACAUGUGGGUCAAUUUGAUGAACCAGUCUAUUGCAAAAACUAUUAUCGAGCUAUACAGCGAUGCCAUAAUUGCACUCACAAAACUAGUGAUUGAUAAUGCUGAUUACUACAAGGAAAUUGCGAAAACAUACUUUAAAUUUAUUAAGAAACUCGUUCUGCUCUCUCCAACACAAGCUAUACCAACAAAGUUUAUUCGACAAAUUGUUAAAUAUGAAGAUCAUGGUAACGUUGCAUUGAUGCAAGCAAAGUAUUGUUUGCUACAAAGAGCCGGAACAUUCAAUAAUGACCAAAGUAUUUGCAUUGAUGAUCUAGUUGUUAGCUGUGUUAAGCAUACCGAUAACCAGGCUAUUCUAGAGCAAGUAAAGACAUUAGCAAUAUUCAAUAACCUAAUUAUUGAAAAGAAAAUACAGCUUGCAGAAUUGGAUAAACUAUAUCUCAAUCCACUCGAGAAAAUUUUAAGCCUGUUGCAAACAAAGACAAGUGAACCUUCAUCUGCUUCAUCAGCAUCCGGAUGGGGUGACAAGAUUCUUGCAAACAAUUUAAGGUUUUUAGCGGCAUCUACACUUCAAGUCAUUGGUGAAGAUCCGGAUGAAUAUAGUUCGCUCAAAAGUCUUUGCGAGAAUAUAAUCAAAACAGUUGACGUUUCUACACAAACUCCAGAAAGAAAAAUUGACGAAUUGGACUAA